UACAUAUACACGCUUGUUGUUGGAAAUGUUUGAAGGUUUAGUUUGGCAGUUGCUAUUAGGUUACCUUGGCCAAUACAUUCGGGACAUUCAAACGGAGCAGCUCAAGAUUACUCUGUGGAAUGAAGAAGUAUUAUUGGAAAAUGUUAAGCUGAUUCUUGAAGCUUUUGAUUACCUUCAGUUCCCAUUUGCUUUAAAGCAAGGUCAUGUUGGCAAGUUGAGUAUUAGGAUUCCAUGGAAAAAGCUUGGCUGGGAUCUUGUUAUAAUCAUCUUAGAGGAUGUAUUGAUCUGUGCCUCCCAAGGAGAUGAAAAAGAGGCAGUGACUGUAUUUGCUAUGAAGUUUUCAAGCUUGACAAUUAUGAAGCAACAUUUUCCUGGGUAUUAUUCUAUUUUUUGA